AUAUUUAAAAUUUGCCUAUUUGGCCGUUCACAUAAAGUCAAACGUGUGUCAUCUGUUCUCUGUUGAAGACAGACUGGUAUAUUGGGUAUUUCUAAAAGGAAAAAGAACAUGAGGAAACUUAUUGUAACUACAUUUUUAUUAGUGUUAGCGGUCAAUUUAACAACUGCCUCAACAAAUAAUCUUUCAUCAGAUCUUAAAAAAUUAAAUAAAAUAUUCUUUAAUCCAUCAACCGGAAGUUAUAUUACUGGAAAGUUAACAAAACUCGAGAAUUCGACUAAUUCAUUAUUGAAGCAAUAUUCGUUCCAGGGUGCAUCAUGUAAUUGUGUUAAAUUAGAUUGCAAUUGCUGCAUUAAGUUAAAUGCUGGCUUGAUCAUUAAAAAUAAAACUAUGUGCAAUCAAAUUGGCUUCCUGCCAGAAGAAUUUGCUGUUACAAUAAAGGUUUUAGUUGAUGGAAAAACUAAACUUAAUACAACAAUUUCAGCAAGCAACCCUCCCGCAGCAUGCAUACCAGUACCUAAUAUACCAGUUUUAGAUGUUUGUAUUCGUUUAAGAGAUCUUCAGAUACAUAAUUCAACCUUUCAUUCGUGUCUUGAUGUUCAAGCAAAGAUGACUAACGUUCUGAUCUUGACAUUACAAUUUGACUGUUUUAAUAUAAGCUCUAAAGGCAUUGAAUCAUCUAAUGUAAAUAAAAUAAUUACAUUGGUAGAUAAAGAAAAAAAAAUUUUCAAAAUAAUAAAAAAUUGAUAUACCUACUA